GCGGGGCGUGGCAACACUGAGCGGUGGAGUUUGACGGGUCGGCGGCGGCGAUCAGCUGUUGUGGUGCAUCCCGGCGUGUCUCCUUCACUCCUGCGCCUCACUCCCUCGCCAUGGCUAAGAACUCGCUCAGAGACAAGCUGGAGGGCGAUGAGCUUGACUUGAGUAUGAUGAGCAUCGCGGAGGUGCCGGUCAAGGAAAUAGCGGCAUUACCACGGGCAACAAAGAUUGACCUCUCCAGCAAUCAACUCGUCUCACUGCCGUCCUCCUUCGCCCAAAACUUGGGCAACAUUGUCCACCUUGAUCUGGGAUCCAACAAGAUUAAAGAAAUUCCCUCUAAUUUCUUCAAGUUAAAGAAGUUGAAGCAUCUAGACUUGUACAACAAUCAGCUGACAGACCUGCCCUUGUCUUUCUGCCAAUUGCCCAGCUUGAAGUGGCUUGACCUAAAAGGCAACCCACUCAACCCCACCCUCAGAAAGGUAGCCGGUGACUGCCUCAAUCAGAAGGAGUGUGAGGCAGCCGCCAGGAACGUCAUCGCUUAUCUGAAAAAGCUGCAGACUCAGAUGGAAACAGAAAAACAAGAAAAAUUACAGAAAGAAAAAGAAAAGGCUGAGGCUCGUGCUCGUGCUGAAGAGUUGAAAGAAGCCAAGAAGAGAGCUGAAAAGAAAGCUGCAAAAGAGAAGAGGAAGGCAGAGGUGCGUGCUCAACUAGAGUCUCAGAAGGCAAAAACGAAUGGUAUGGCAAACUCAGAGAAACAGUACAGUGCUGUGCCCAAACCAGCCAAGCCUCAACUCAAGCAGAAGAAAGCUGUCACCAAAGGCGGGUGGUCACUGCUCGGAUGGAUAAACCUUCUGCUGUUCCUUUGCCUGCUUGGAGCAGGAGGAACAUGCCUCUAUAUGUACACCGAUGGUGAUCUUUCACCCAUUGGUGUGUCUGCUGCCUUGCCCCGCAUUGUUAACAAUGCAAAUCUUCUGGCAAAUCUCACUCUUGAAGCUCUACAGCCAGAAAACUUACAACAAACAGCACAGAGUGUCAGCGCAACCAUAACGGAGACAGCGUCAUACCUGUGGGCAGAACUCCAGGAACACACAACAGACUUGAAUGUGUAUGUAGAGCCUGCAGCGGAGGCGGUGUUAGCAGCAUGGGCGUGGUUAAGAGAAAACACAAUUUUGUGUUACAACUGGAUUGUUGACAAUGUUGACUGGAACUCAAUUAUGCAGGCCAUCAGGGAAACAAUGUUGUUCUUUUAUGAGCAAUAUCUUGUUAUCUGUGAGGAGCUGAGCAGGAACAAGGCCCUCAUGUCCUUGGUGGCAACCAUUCAGCCUUAUUAUGAGGUUAUUGUGGAGCGCCUUGGAACACUGUGGGGCUUUGUGUGGGAACAGCUGUUGUUGGCUGUGAAUUAUGUACAAGAGCAGUGCCCAGGUGUCCUUGAGUCCGUCAAGGGUCAUGCUGCCGCUGUCAAACAGUCUAUCGAGGGACUGGUUAAAUAAUGUACAUUGUUAUGGUCUUCGUGUUUGCUUUGUAUAUGGAUGUCUGAAUUCCAUAAAUGUAAAAAAAUAAAAAAAAUUAAAAAGAACAUCCAGUAUUUGAAGUUCAAAUGCUUCGAAGUAUUAAUGCAAUAAUAUUUUAUUUAUGUGAAAAUUCUAUGGUUCUACUGACAAACUGUUCUCAUAUACAAGCAGUAUAUGUCAAGCAGUAUGAAGUAUAAGGAAAUCAUGUUCAUUCAUGAGUUAAUAAAAGUGCUAAUUGUU